CACCAGUCGAGGGAGUCUUGGAGCAGCCCCGUGGCGACGAUGGGUCGCGAUACGGCCGCGGGUGAAAGCUCGAGAAACGUAGGCGGACCUCAGUUCGCUCAAAGCAGCUGAGAAGGAUCGAACGGUGGACUACAAAUCUCCAAACCCCUCCCUUGCCUCAGCUGGACUUCCCCUGAGAACAGGAGAGACCUUCAGAAACGCCGAAUUAGUCAGAUAACAGUGAAAAGAUGGUGGAGGAGCAGCAUCCCGACUACAAACUGAUCUAUUUCAACGCUCGUGGAAGAGCGGAGCAUAUCCGGUACAUCUUCGCCGUGACAGGAAUCCCCUACGUCGACGAGCGAGUUCCCAAGGAGCGCUGGCCCGAACUCAAGAAAACCAUGCUGUACGGUAUGCUGCCGAUAUUGGAGAUCGAUGGUAAACCUAUCGCCCAAAGCAAUGCGGUGGCCAGAUAUUUAGCCAGGAAACACGGCCUGGCGGGGAAAGAUGAAUGGGAAUCGAUGCUGUGCGAUGUACUCGUCGACACCUUGGGAGAUCUCAAGCAAAUUCUCUGGCAGUAUCGUACCGAGUUGGACCCCUUCAAAAAAGAGGAAAAGAAGGCGCGACUCAGUAAAGAAACCAUUCCAUUUUACCUCAACAAGUUCGAGCAAACAGUCGCUGAGAACAAUGGGUACUCCGUUGGUAAUACCACGACGUGGACGGACUUCGUAUUCGCGGUCGCAUUGGAGAACUUUGAACAGAUCUUCGGUCCGGCUGCAUUAGAAGGAUACCCGGCUUUGAAAGGGCUCAAGCAGCGCGUCCAUGAACUACCAGAAAUUGCCGAAUGGCUUACCAAAAGACCGCAGACGGAAUUUUAAACGAACUCUAAGUAUUUCUCGUAGAUUGAACGAGAUCUCUGGUAUAAGAUGAAGACGAGGAUCGAUUGUCCUGCUCCCUUUCCAAGAUCUGGGAAACUGCUGACGUCACGGAAAUGUUAUACUUUGAACCUAGUAACAAUCGGAGCUCGUUGUGAUGCGCUAUCUUCUAUAGAUGUUUCGCAUCAUUUGUCGUGCUGGUAUGAAGUGUGCUUGUAGCAUUAAUUAAAAAAAAGUUUAACCCAUUGUUUUCAUUGAAGUUACAAGAGCUUUCGAAUACCUUCAUCACUAAAUGUCCAUUGUAGGUAUGUGGACAAGUGUUCGAAGACUCUUUAUUGGUUUGAACUCCAACUUCUUCGUAGCAUACCGUUGUUUGGUUUUCUGAUUGGCUAAAUCCCUAUACGUCAAAUGGCAUUGGAUGAGAUUAAAAAAUAUUUGCAAAAUUGGACAUCUUGAUACGUUGGCCGUUUGGUGUUUUUUUAGCCCGAAAUUAAAUAUGAACAUUUUUUCAAAUGCAUUUCCAAAGCACUUUGGCGACUAUAUACCCUAGACUUUUUUAAGCUUGUCGAAAAAUAAUUACUUAAUCCAAACGUUAGAUCACAGAUGUGUCAGCAGAGUGCUCGAAGAAAGUAGUAAAACACGCUAUGUAAGCGUUUUCGGACUUAAUUCGUUCCUCAUCAGUUCAAAGCUUACGAAAGGCUUCAACAAUUGAUUUCCAGUUGUACUAUCAGCACCAUCAUAACAUUUGAACAUGUAUAGUGAUGAACAAAAACCUUGGUUUGUUAAAAAUUUGGUAGCAUUUUUUAGAUAGAUCACUAUAUUAUUCGACAAAAAUGCUCAAAAAUCUUGUAACCGACGACAAAAAUAUACACUAAAAAGUGAAAACAAAAAGAUGGACAAAUUUGAAAAUCCCCGUUAAAUAAUCAAAUAACUUAUUAGUUGUACAAUAUGUUGUUUCGGACAACAAACCAGUUGUUACUUCUGCAGGAAAAAUUUCGUUUUGGCUGAUCAGAGCUCCAAAAGAGAUAGAAAUAUUUUCGUAUUCAACUGAAAAAUGAAAUAAUUAGCUCUUGACAGACUUUGUCAAACCUCGAUGAAAAUCUCUAGGAAGCUUUCUUUUCAGUUGAGGUAUACGAUUUAUGGAUGACAAUCUAAAAUAACCUGACAAUGAGAUUUGAAUUUUCAGAAUACUGUUUCAAAAAUAUAAAUGACUUAAUUUUUCCAUAAUUUUUGUCGCGCGUUGAAACUUAAACCCACAACGAGGUAGAAGAUCGUCAACAUUCUCUUGCACCCCAAAAAGUUGUGGAGUUUUAUUGAAAAACGACGAGGAAAUACAUAGUUCGUGAAUUGCUACAGAGGUUACAUUGUCCCAAGUUUCGUAUAAAAGUUCUUCGUAGCGGACCAAUAAUGAUUUAUCGGUCAGCUGACAUUCCUCGUACAGUGAAAAACAUAGGUAAUCGCCGUAUUGGUGUGUUCGAAUGCAUAUGUUUGAAUAUUUUUGUAAAAUAAUAUAUAAUAUGUAAUCCGUUGAUCCCCAUAGAUAUUUUAGAUGGACAUAUAUUAACAUAUUAUAUAUUCUACUUAUCUAAUAUAUAUCAUUAUGAGCUGUCGAUAAAUUUCUAAAUAUCAUAUCAGCAAAUUGACACCUUGUGUUACAGCUAUGGUAUAGCUGUUGGAUCUCCUAAGCAACAAUUGUUGCGCGCUUAAGUAUAGUUUCAAAUUCGAAACGAUACGCUCAAGUCAGCCAUUUUUUUAUGUACGCCUGUAGGGCGUUGUUUAGGGUGAUAGGUUGUCUCACAUUGGCUCCUAUGUCUGAGCAGAUUAACAAUAACAAAUAAAAUAUCAGUUACGCCAACAUUGUGUGCUACGUGGAAAUUUACCGACAGUCGAUUGUUGUACGAUGUUGUUGGCUGUUCAAAAUAUUUUUACUUUAGAUUAAGGAUGAGAAUCAUACCUAUAAGGACCCAUUAGUGAGCUUUUAAUCGGAUAAUGCAGGUAGAAAGUGGCCUACAGUAGUGAUUGUAGGAUUGUUCAGUAAUGGAUCCCUGUCGUCUUGAUUUAUCAAAUUACUCUGCAUUGAUAAUCUUAGUUCUUUCGGAAAUUGAUCUGGAGCAAUCGUUUGAAAUUGGCUCAUUGGUUUGCUCAUUGUUGCUUUAAAUUUUUUCCGAAAAUAGAGUAAUUAUUCAAUGUGAUUGCGACUCACCAGUAUACGUUGAUAUUAUUGAACACUCCUAUAGUAACAAAAUGGCUGAACAUGAUCAUGAAAAUUACCUCUAGAAUAACAGCUAUUUUAAUUAGUGCGAUACGUUUCAGUAGAAUGAUAUCACAUAGAUACCUAGAUAUAUGUAUACCUGUAACGCGGAUGUGACAUGUUCAACCCACGCUGUUGACCAAACCAUAUUAUUUUCUAAAUUUUUUAAUCACCGCAGGAAGAAACCUGAAAGAAAAUACAAUCAAUCAAACAAGGUAUCUUAUUCAUUAGAUAGAAUUUUUACUAUAUCAAUCAGAGUCACGAUGCAAAAAGGUAAAACGUGGACAAACGAACGAGUAAUCGCUGACGGAAUUAUAAACAGACAAAUGUUAAACAACAAUGGUUUGUGAAAGAUGAUCAUAAAUCAAAUACAUAACAAUUAUUCAAUCCAUAUCAAAAUUAUUAAAAUUAAUUCCAUUGGGUUCGAUUGGUGGAAAAUGCAGAUCUAUUAAUAGUUAAUACUUAUUGUGAACCGUAAUAAAGAUGUAUACGAAACUGAAUAAAGACGAAGAAAAUGGUU